GCGCUGUGCAUUAACGUUCAGUCGAGCGAUGUGUGUGAGACACUGGCGCUGGUGUUCUGCGGCGCAGAUGUGAGCUGUGACACCGGUGACCCUGAGCUGCGCUCCCCGAUCGCUCUGGCCCAACACCACGGACAGAACCUGCAGCUGGAGUUCCUCACGCAGAACCGCAACACAGGUCUGACCUCAGAGGGAAUCUACCGUAAGAGUGGCGUGAACAGUAAGAUCGCCGCCCUGCUGGAGGAGUUCAGACGCGACGCCAGAUGUGUUUGGCUGAAGGAAGGUGAACAUCAGGUGGAUGACGUCUCCAACGUCCUCAAGCGCUUCUUCAGAGGCAUCGAGGAGGGAUUGUUUGGCCUGGAGGCGCACAGCUGGCUCAGUGCUACAGUUUUUUCAGAUGAGAGCAGUCGGAUCUGUCAGUAUCGUCUUCUGUUCAGUAACCUUCCCCGAGUCAAUCAGGCGACGCUACGAGCGCUAGUUAAUCAUUUAUACUGCGUGCAGCGGUUUGCGGAUCUCAAUCAGAUGAAUCUUCACAAUCUGGCCAUCGUGUUCGGACCGACUCUCUUCCAGGCGGACGGGAAGGACUACAGCGCCGGCCGAGUCAUCGAGGAUCUCAUCCAACACUACGUCACUAUAUUCGAUGUAAACGAGCAGCAGCUGAAGAAGCAGUUAGAUGAGAUCACAUACAUCAUAAAGCUCAGAGACAACCUCACGCCUAAAGCAGGAACGGGCAGUGGUGAUUUUAUCUGUACAGUUUACCUGGAGGAGAAGAAGGAAACAGCCGAACAGCAUGUAAAGAUUCCUGCCACGAUGACGGCAGCAGAACUGACCUUUGAGAUUCUGGACAGACGGAAAAUCAGCGUUAAGGAGAAAGACUACUGGUGCUGCUUUGAGGUGUACGAGAAGGAAGAACUGGAGCGGCCGCUGCACUAUCUGGAGAAAGUGCUGCCCAUCUUUCACUCUCUGGGCACCGACAGUCACCUGCUGGUCAAGAAGCACUUCUCCAUGGAGGCCAUGCUGGUCUAUCUGGGUAAGAGAGACUGGAAUCUACAAAAGCUGCAAAGCCCAGAGCUGCAGUGUAGUAAUCGUCCAGAGAGAGAGUGGCCCGUCAAGUGUCUAAAAGUCUAUCACGGCAUUAAAAAGAAGCUCCGUCCACCAACAUGUUGGGGUCUCACAGUCAUCUAUGAAAGUGAGAAACAGGAAAAGCAGGAGAGACAGCAGUGGUAUCUCUGCUGUGACACACAGAAUGAAAUGAGGGAAUGGUUCGCUACCUUCAUGAGCAUACAGAACGGAGGUCGUGUUUGGCCAGCGGAGUGGUUAAAAUCUCGUGCAGCGAGUCGCUCUGCGCCGCUGGACGCUCGCUUCGGUAACGUGUCUCUGAUUCCUCUGCGCGGCAGUGAGAACGAGAUGAGGAAUAGUGUCGCCGCUUUCACCGCCGAUCCUCUCGCCCUCUUCAGAAAUGUUUGACGGAGUGAAUGUUGUUCAGG